CUUAAAUUAGAUAGGGUGGGAAAUCUUGGAUUUGACUCGAUCUUCUCGUACACAAAGCCGGUCUUUGUUUCCUUCAGCAAUGUUUUCCGCAGCCUCUCGCCGUCUCUCGCCCUCGUUUCUCCCCAAUUCCCGCCGCAGCUUGGCGACGGCAGCUGCACCUCGGCCACGGACAGCCAUCGUGACGGGUGCAGCUCGGGGAAUCGGCAAAGCCAUCGCCCUCCGCCUGGCCCGCGACGGCUACGACGUCUGCAUCAAUGACCUACCCGUCCUGCGAACCGCGGCCGAGUCGGUCGCGAGCGAGAUAGGCAAUAUGGAGGGGCGGCGAGCAUGCGUGGCGCUCGGCGACGUCUCGGACGCCUCACAGGUCGACGAAAUGGUGGCGACGAGCGUGAGAUGCCUAGGCCCGCUCGACACCAUGGUGGCCAACGCGGGCAUCGUGCGCAUCAAGCCGCUCCUGGAGCACGACGCGGCCGAGUUUGACCAGAUCUUGCGCAUCAACGUCGGCGGCGUGCACCACUGCUUCGCGUCGGCGGCGCGGCAGCUCAUCGCGCAGGGCCAGUGCACUCCCGAGAGGCCCGGGAAGCUGCUCGCCGCGUCGUCCGUGGCUGGGUUCCGGGCGGCGGCGCUGAUGGGGCCCUACGGCGCGACAAAGUUUGCCGUCAGGGGCCUCGUGCAGGCGUACGCGCAGGAGAUGGGCCCGCAUCACAUCACGGCCAACGCGUACGGUCCUGGGAUUAUUGGCACCGACAUGUGGGGCCUGAUAGAUCGGGAGCUGGGCAAGCUGGCCGGUGGGGAGGUCAAGCCGGGCGACAUGAUGCAGAAGACGGCAGCGGGGGCUAUUGCGCUGGGUAGGACGGGCGUGGCGGAGGAUGUGGCGGGUUUGGUGAGCUUCUUGGCCGGCAAAGAUUCGAACUAUAUCACGGGUCAGACGCAGAUCGUCGACGGGGGCUUGUUCCUUACAUGAAGGACAACCAUUGGAUCUCCCGGCUCGGGUUGUGGGUAAAGGGUGUCUGUAAACUAACAAGAGAUCCUGAAAGUCUACUCGGAACAAUAUAAGGGUAGUAGGCCGCGGGCAGAACGCCGAGUACGAUUCAGUACCAUGUAUGCAUUGAAGCUGGAAGCGAAG